CCCUGGGCAAGGCGUCGAGCAUCGUGGCUGCGAAGCAGAUUCUUCAGGUGAGGAGCGGCGGUAGGGAGGAGCUGCGGGCGGAGUCUUUCCUGACUGUGGUCCUUGGCCACUGCGGUUUUUUCAGUCGUGAGGAGGUGACGAGUUUGUUCAGCGCUGGAGUCUAAGUUAGAAGCUUAGACUGAGUCGGAGAAUAGCUGAAUAUGGUGCCUUCUGGAAGAAAACAUCCCGCGAGAAGGGGAAAGACAGCAGUGGAGGGUAAGGUUAUGCGAGCCAAUGACUUCAAGGACGAAGUUAAGAAAGUUGUGAGUGGUUCCCAGGAGGAUGUCAUUGAAGGGAAGACUACAGUAAUUGAUAAAUGCGGGAAGAAAAGAACUUCUGAAGGAAUAGUUGAAGAUUCAGGGGGUAAACUACAGAAUAUGGUAGAAAGACUUACAGAUGGCAUUAAUAAGUCUCUUCUUGCCAAGAGAAAAAGACUAGAAAUAUAUGGCAACGCUUCUUUCAAAACCAGUAACCAGAAAAUUGAACAUUUUUGGAAAACCCAACAAGAACAAAAGCAGAAGCUUAACCAAGAAUAUUCUCAGCAGUUUAUGACUCUAUUUCAGCAGUGGGAUACAGAUUUGCAAAAAGCUCAAGAACAAGAAGGAAAACUAGCUAGCAUAUUUCAGCAGCAGCAAAAGAUUUUUCAACAAUCUAGAACUGUUCAGAGCCAGAGGUUGAAAGCAGUUAGACAGUUAUAUGAACAGUUCCUAAAGAGUACGGAGGACUUAGAGAAGAAUCAUGAUAAUCUGCUUAUUGGCGCACAACGUGAAUUUAAGAAAGACAUGGCUUUGUUGCAAAAAAAAAUUAUGAUGGAAACUCAGCAGCAAGAGAUGGAAAAUGUUCGAAAGUCUCUUCAGUCCUUCUUAUUCUGAUGACUCUUUGAAGGAAGAAUAUGAACCUAAGUAAUAUGAUACAGUUAUAACAUUGGCUAAGAGGCAUUAAGUCCUUAGAGUGGUUCAAAAUUCUAGUUUAAAGUAUUACAUCUUGUUAAUCAUUAGCUUAUGUGUAAGACUCCUUGUUCUGUUACCCUCCAAAUAAAAUCUGAACAGUUAUGUGAAUAGCAGCAAUUCCUAAAUUACAUGUACCACGCUCUCAGCUCUUUAAUAGCAGUAAGUGGAAUUUUUCCUUUAACAUUUUUCAAUUAACUUUUAGCAAUAAAGAUUAUUUAACUUCA